AUGCUUCCUCAACAGGUUCGGAAUUCUCUCCAGGCACUGCAUAUCAGCAUCAAUGAGUUUUCUACGUUCGUAGCUUCUCGCGGUCUCGACGAUGACGUCUUUACUUCCACCACAGCAGAAGGCGGCCCCCGCCUUCAGGACACUCUUGCUCAGCUUCAACAACUCUGUGAGAUUGCAGAAGAGUUAGCAAAUGUUCUCCACGAAAUGCGUAGUCCCAUGCAGACAUCAGGAAGCUGCAGCACUGUCACGGUGCAUCAGCCUUUGGACAUAUCUCAAACCACUCAAGAAUGCAGAAAAUCAUACCAAGAUUCUCCUGUCGAAACUCGCUCUGUGGGUCUUGAGCACGAUAAAUCGUUUGAAAACCUACCUGUCUCUAGCCUUACCCGGGAUCUGCUGCGCAGAGGGGUACAUCCUAUCCGCUUUCCGAGGGAUCCAAGCCUCCAGAUCGGACCUAUUUAUCUCAGUGAUAUUGGAGAGGACGAAACUCCACUAAUCAACAUGCCCCCCAAGCGCGAUCCCUAUGAAGAACGGCCAGCCUCUUGCCCUGAGCCACUAGACCAGUUUGCACACUGUAAAAUCUUAGUAGCAGGGGAUAACUGGAUGAACCAAAAAAUCAUGGUGAAGUUCCUUGGGAAACUAGGGAUCCAUAAUAACGCCACAGCUUCAAAUGGCCAAGCUACGGUGGACGCUGUUCGAGAGUCGAUGGAGAUCUACCAACCUUUCGACUUUAUAUUCAUGGAUGAGCGAAUGCCGUUCUUCAGUUGCCGCGAAGCCACGGUUCUGAUUCGCGAGAUGGGAUUUCAAGGUCCAAUAUGCGCUUUGCUGGUCAAUGUGUCGUUAACAAGCAAGGAGAAAGCUUUCGACGCGGGUGUUACUACGAUUCUCCAGAAGCCAUUCCGGUUUAGUGCGGUUCGAGAUACCCUGGAGCAGUAUCUGACGCCUCUUGUCGAAAAGCCAAUAGUUGACGAAACGCCAUUACCACGACGGAAACCAGAUAUCAAGUCGAAACUUUAG